GCCUCUCCAAGAUGGCGGCGCCCAUGAGGACAAGGGCUUGAGGUUCGUGCAGUAGGCAAUUGCUAUGAAGCGGGCGGCGUCCUCCGCCUCAGCGCCUGGGAAUGGCCGGGUCCAGAGUAGGAAACGAGGGCGGCGUCAACAGCAGCAAGCAGGGAACUUACAGAAACUCGGGUUGGCAGUACGGGAGUUUGUGGAGGGAGCGGCGGGACCCGAAGACCGUGGCGGCUCCUUGGCUCCUUCUGGGGUCCCGCGGCAGCCUCAGCCGGCGUUGAGCAGCCGGAGGAACCGCCGGGAGCUGAGGCGAGAGAAGCGCAAGUUGAAGCGGGGUCGGCGGCGACGGCUUCUGAACGGCAAGGAGGCGGCGACGGCGGCAGUGGAGGUGAAAACUCCUGGACCCGCCCGCCCGUCUUUGGCAGCCGCCGCUGGAAAGAAGAAGAAGCCGCCGCCAGUACUACUAUCGCAGGCCCCUGAGCAAGGGAAGCGUCUCCCCACCGCCGAAGUUCGGAGAGAGCGACCUGGAGGCCCGGCGCCCUCAGCUGCAGCCCUGGCGCGCAAAAAAGCCCUGCUGGCGGCCAACGAGGCGGAGGAGCGGGAGAUCCGGCGGCUGGAAAGGCAGCUGGGGUUCAACAAGCGUCGAAAGAAGAAGCAGCAAGGAACGGGGGAGGCCGCGGCCCUGCCUCAAAGCUUUGCCAAGGACGGGCUGGGAUACGUGUUGGGAGCUUUGGAGUCAGGGGUUUCCUUCGCCGGCCUGUACGAGAGCAGCGAGGAAGAGGAGGGAAGAGGAGGAAGGGGGUCGGAGGAGGAAGAAGAACAGGGAUCAGGCCUGACAGAUGAGGGAGAGGAGAUGAAUGUAGAGAAAGAGGAAGAAGAGGACUUGUCUACAGGAGAAGAGAUGGAUAUGGAGGAAGAGGAGGAAGAGGAUUUGGCUAUGGGAGAAGAGGCAAGAAGCUCAGAAGACUCCAGUGUGGAAGGAGAAGGUGAAAAUGAAGAGGGAGAAGACACAUCCCAUGGCAUCAGAAGCACAGAGGCUGGUGCAAAAGAACCCGCACCUCCCAGAGACAAGGAAGAGAAUCAUUACCAAGGUGCUACAAAGUAUGUUCCCCCUCAGAUGCGAAAGUCUGAAGAGACUCUAGAUGCCAAAAAAAGGGAAGAAUUAGAAAGAUUGAAGAAAACAGUGAAAGGUCUAAUUAACAGGUUGAGUGAACCAAACUUAGCCUCUAUAAGUGGGCAGCUGGAGGAGCUGUACAUGACAAACAGCAGGAAAGAUAUGAAUGAAACAUUAACGAAUAUUCUUAUCAGUGCUUGCGUUACAGCAUCAGCAAUGCCUUCCAGACUGGUGAUGGAGCACGUCCUUCUGGUUAGCGUCCUUCAUCGGACAGUGGGAAUUGAGGUUGGUGCUCACUUUUUGGAAACUGUGGUGAGGAAAUUUGAUGAAGUCUACAAAAGCGAAGCUGAAGGGAAAGAAUGUGAGAACCUGCUUACCUUAAUUGCUCAUUUGUAUAACUUUUAUGUAGUGCAUUCAUUGCUGAUCUUUGACAUCUUGAAGAAGCUUGUUAGCACUUUUUCUGAAAAGGAUAUUGAACUCAUUCUGAUGCUGCUGAAAAAUGUGGGCUUUUCCUUGAGGAAAGAUGAUGCUCUGGCGCUGAAGGAACUUAUCACUGAGGCCCAGAAAAAAGCGAAUGCCGUAGGGAAGCAAUUCCAGGACCAGUCAAGGGUUUGCUUCAUGUUGGAAACUAUGCUGGCACUAAAAAAUAAUGACAUGAGGAAAAUCCCUGGUUAUGAUCCUGAGCCUGUUGAGAAAUUACGAAAGCUGCUGAGGACACUGAUUCACAGCAGCAGUUCUGGAAAAGAAGUUCAGCUUCGUGUGUCAUUGGAAUCUCUCCUCAGUGCUGAUCAGGUCGGCCGUUGGUGGAUUGUUGGAUCAUCUUGGAGUGGAGCUCCAAUGAUUGACAGCACGAGCAACAAGAUUCAAGAAAUACUACCUGUAGGAAAGGUGAGUUCAAAGAUUCUGGAGCUUGCUCGUAAGCAGAGAAUGAACACAGACAUCAGGAGGAAUAUAUUUUGCAUCUUGAUGACUAGUGAAGAUUUUUUGGAUGCCUUCGAAAAACUUUUAAAGCUUAGGCUUAAAGAUCAGCAGGAGAGAGAGAUUGUCCAUGUCCUCAUAGAUUGUUGCCUGCAAGAGAAGACUUAUAACCCCUUCUACGCACAUUUGUCUGCCAAGUUCUGUGAAUAUGAAAGGCGAUUCCAGAUGACAUUCCAGUUCAGUAUGUGGGACAAAAUCAGAGAUCUGGGAAAUCUAUCCUCUACUGCAUUCUCUAAUGUAGUUAAUCUCUUGGCUCAUCUGUUAAAGACUAAAUCGCUCUCUCUUACUGUUUUCAAGGUAAUUGAAUUCAGUGAAUUAGACAAGCCAAAAGUCCACUUCUUACGACAAGUGUUAUCUGCACUGCUUCUAAAAACAGACUCAGAAGAACUCAACCACAUCUUUGGAAAAUUGGCUGACAACCCCAAGCUGGGAAUGCUACAUGAAGGCUUGAAGCUUUUCCUCACCCACUUCAUGCUGAAGAAUAUUCAAUCUCACAAAAGUGUUGAAGAAGCCAGUUUGCUAAAAGAGAGAGUUGAACAAAUAACUAGGACUUUGAAAGCAAAAGAAUCAAGAUUAAAGCUAUAGAGUCAAGUUAUCAGACCUACUUGCGUGGAAAACGCAGACAGUUCAAAGCACCAGUGUUGAAUUUGGUGGUCCUUAAUAAACUGG